CGGAGCAUUAGUUACGGGAAGCGCUUGCGCGGAGAAGGGUAGAGGGGGCGAGAUCGGAGGCUAUCAACUGCGCCUGCGCCGGCUGUCCAGGUGGGUCCGCGCCUGGUUACCUGGAGCGCGGAGGCUACAGGAGGCAGGGUAAACUUUCCAAGGGACUGCUAAAAAGAAAUCACUUAUGUCUUUUCUUUAAGACCGCCUUGGCAACCAUGGGUGAAUACAGUAGGUUUAUAGAUUGGGACAAGAUGGAUGCUACCAUCCAGGCUGAUGAUGAAAAGGAACUGACCAGCACCGAAUUUCACACCGAAAUGCUGAAACAACUGGCUCGCCAAGGUUACUGGGCCAAGAGCCACUCUUUAAGAGCCAAAGUAUAUGAUAAAUUGAUCAGCUCUAUCCCUUGUCGCACGGUGACACCAGAUGCCCACGUCUACCGAGACAUUGUGGGGAAAAUCCUUGGCAAGCGAAACAGCAACACCCUUCCCCUUCCGGAAUUCGUAGAUAAUAGCCUGGUUCCCACGUACUGCCUGAACGCUGAAGGCAUCGGGGCCGUCAGGAAAAUCAUCUCCUGCAUUGGAAGCCAAUUCCCAGACAUCUCAUUCUGCCCGGCCCUGCCUUCUGUAGUGGCCCUCCUCCUUCACUACAGCAGGGACGAAGCCGAGUGCUUUGAGAAAGUUUGCCGUAUCCUGGCCUGCAAUGACCCGUCCAAGCGCUUCAUCGAUCAGACCUUCUUGGCUUUUGAGUCGUCUUGCAUGACCUUCGGGGACCUGGCUAAUAAGUACUGCCAGGCAGCUCAUAAACUUAUCGUGGCCAUCUCGGAAGAUGUGCUAGAAGUCUACUCGGAUUGGUACCGGUGGCUCUUCGGGGAACUGCCCUUCGUAUACUUCGCCCGGGUCUUCGACGUCUUCCUGGUAGAAGGUUACAAGGUGCUCUACCGGGUUGUCUUGGCUGUCCUCAAAUUCUUUCACAAAUUCAGAGUCGGGCAGACCCGGGAGUCGGAAAACGUUCAGCAGGACAUCCGAGUGUUCGUGAGAGACAUCGCAAAGUGGGUCUCCCCGGAGAAGCUGCUGGAGAAAGCCUUUGCAAUCCGUCUCUUCUCGCGGAAAGAGAUUCGGCUUCUUCAAAUGGCCAACGAGAAGGCCCUGCAGCAGAAAGGCAUAACGGUGAAGCAGAAAAGUAGUGCAUCCCCCAAAAGGCGGAAUAUCCACCUGGCUGUUCACGCUGAGAACUUCAAGUCUGAAAUUGUCGAUGUGAAGAAGAUGAGAGACAUCUGGUCAUGGAUUCCCGAGCGCUUUGCCCUUUGUCAACCUCUACUUCUGUUUACCACCUCAGAGCAUGGCUUCAGCCUAAACAGCUUUUACCCACAUUGUGAGGGACAUGAACCGACUCUCCUUUUGAUUAAAACGACUAUGCAAGAGGUCUGUGGGGCUUAUUUGUCGACCGACUGGCAUGAACGCAAACGAGGAGGAGGCAAGCUAAGUUUCUUUGGGACAGGAGAAUGUUUUGUAUUCAGGCUGGUGCCCGAAGUGGAACGAUACGAGUGGGUUAUAAUCAAACACCCAGAACUCGUUAUGACCGGCUCUGAACAAGAAAACAAUUCUUCAGUCGUUUCUGACUCCCCUUCUUCAACCAAUCUCCCCCCGGAUCCUUCCAGUCGCCUUUCCCCUUUCCUUUCGACCCGGCAUUUCAACCUGCCUUCCAAAGCAGCGUCCAUGUUUAUGGCUGGUAGCACUGAAUGCAUCAUCGUAGGUGGUGGCGAUGGCCAAGCCCUCUAUCUUGACGCAGACUUGAAUCACGGAAGGACGGGUCACUGCAAUACUUUCAACAAUCAACCGUUGUGCUCUGAAAAUUUUCAGAUAGCUAUCAUGGAGGUUUGGGGGUUCAAGGACACUAUGAACAGCUGAGAAGGUUGCCCUCUUUCAACAUUAGCUAGCCCAUGAAGUAUUUCUCAAGUUUCCGUGCCCAUUUCCAGUUUCCAGGAACCAAGCUAUCCUCUGAAGCCCCUCAAAAAUUAAGCUCCUUUGUACUUUGUAAAAAGCUAAAAAUUGGAAGCUCUCGGCUAAAUCUGGGGCCUAGUUGUUUAGUCGCCGUGUUUUUGUACGUGAUUCCGUGUAGUCUAAAUGAUUAGCCUCUUUCUGCUGUGUUGGGUUCGAAGCACACCCUGAUAUUUUUGGUGGGAAGGGGGGAUUUUAACACACACACCCCUCAGUUGAUCCAUAACUCUUAUCAGCAUUGUCAUCACUUGAGACAUUCAAGUGUGGGGAUUUUUUUUUUCUGAUCUUGACAGAUGUGGAUGAGCCACUGAUUCAGGGGUGAAAUGCUACCGGUUCGCACUGAUUCAGGUGACUGGUAGUAAUAAAAGUUACCAGUUCAGGCAAACCGGUAAUAAAAAAAGCUACCGGUUCGGGUGAGCCAGUAGUUUAAAAAGCUACCAGUUCAGGUGAAUCGGUAGUUAAAAAAGCUACCAGUUCUCCCGAACCUGUAGUAAAAAAAGCUACCGGUUCAGGCGAACUGGUAUUUCCGACGAUCAGCUGUGCCGCGCGAUUUAUUCUGUUUUCUAGGAAAUUAAAAUCGCGCGGCAUAGCUGUUCCCCCCCCUCGCUGUUCCCCUCUACUUCCCUUCUUAAGCCUCCUUUUUCCACACGCAGCAUGCAUUUGGCGUGCACUGCGCAUGAACCCACAGCGCGGGCAGCGAACCGGUGGCAAACCACGGAGGAUUUCACCACUGCACUGAUUCAACCCAGCAAGUCUCGUUCCUUAUAGAUAUGAGCUUCCAUCCAAAGUGGACUGUAUAUAAUCAAUGGAUUAUGAUACUGAUUUCUUUCACUUUUCCCUCAUUCUCACCCUCUGUGUAUUACACCCUACUAGGAAUUCCCUGAUCCUCACAGAGCUACAGUAGACGGAGAGAUUUUAUUGCAUAGCACACAAGCCACCUUCAGAUCCAACCCAUUAUUUUCAGGGACUUACUCCCUUAAAUCUAUUUAACCCCUGCUUUUUGUGUGUGUGUGUGUAAAUGUAAGUCUGUUGUACCUGGUUGCUGUCCCGGCUGUUUACUGGGGAAAUACGUGGGGUGAAAAACCUUUCUGAAGUCCUAAUUUUCAUUCUGCAGUGACACGCUGAUCUGUAGAUGUUAAGGGGAACCCCCAACCCUCCUCAUAUUUUUCUGUUUACAUUCCUGGUACCGCAUAUCAGUAAUAUACUUAUUUUAGAUAAUAGCUUCAUGCCACUGAAGUCCAAUGCAAUAUACAUUGCGCACAGAAAUAACCCCACCAGCCUUGGUCCAGAGCUAUGACUUGAUCUUUCUCUAGAGCAGGGGUUUCCAACCUUGGCAACUUUAAGCCUGGAGGACUUCAACUCCCAGAAUUCCCCAGCCAGCUUUGCUGCUCUACAGGACUCUAACUAACUGGCAGUUAUGGGUAAUGAGUGGGAGAUAAGGGAGUCAUUCAAGGUGGGCUGGGCUCAGAUCUCUUGCGGGUGUGCGGCAGGAUCUCAUGACUUACGACGCGUUUGACCCCUCCCUCAGGCUCAGCCUGGUCAUCUCCUACAUGGAAUCUUCUUGAGGCUCCAGCUCUCCAGCAACCCAUGCUAGCUGGGGAAUUCUGGGAGUUGAAGUCCUCCAGGCUUAAAGUUGCCAAGGUUGGAGACCCCUGCUCUAGAGUAUCCUUCUGCAUUUGUGCUUAGAGAAACAGUAUUUCCAAAGCAGUGUUAGGUUGAUUGGUAUACAAACCAGCCGUUUCUCUUAAUUUCUCCAUUAAUUAGGACUGGUUGAGUUAUCCAGGCCUGCAAUUUUUUUCAGUAACAUGAUUGCCUCUCUCUCUCUUUCUCUAUCUAUCUUUGUUUUGGUGCUGUGCAUCUUGAUUUUCAAGAUGGGUGUACUGAAUGUGUGUGAACGUGCAGAUUUUAUUUCCGAUGGUGGGG